UGCCUAGCUUCUUUUGAAAGAGUACUGGCUAGCUAACUAGUGUUGGUAAUAGUGAGAGGCAACCCAUCCCACUCUCUCACAAAGAGAAGGAAAGGAGAAAAAAAAAGAAAGAAAGAGAAAGGUGAUUGCUCUUGUUCUUGUUCUUGUUCCUUGUGGUGUUGAAAAUGGAAGAACAUCUGAGCCCAUUAGCCAUCACUCAUCUGCUUCAGCACACACUGAGGAGCUUGUGCAACCAUGAAACCUCUCAGUGGGUUUAUGCUGUCUUCUGGAGGAUCUUGCCCAGAAACUAUCCCCCUCCCAAAUGGGAUGGGCAAGGAGCGUAUGACCGGUCCAGAGGCAACAGGAGGAAUUGGAUAUUGGUGUGGGAAGAUGGGUUCUGCAACUUUGCAGCAGCAGAAACAGCAGAGAACAUGAAUAAUGAAUGUCCAACCACCACCACCACCACUUGUUCUCACUAUCAGCAUCAUCAUCAAGGGCUGCAGCCUGAGCUCUUCUUCAAGAUGUCCCAUGAAAUCUACAACUAUGGAGAAGGAUUGAUAGGGAAAGUAGCAGCAGAUCACAGCCACAAGUGGGUAUACAAAGAAGCAAAUGAGCAAGAGAUCAACUUCUUGUCUACGUGGCACAACUCACCUGACUCUCAGCCAAGAACAUGGGAAGCCCAGUUCCAGUCUGGUAUAAAGACCAUAGCACUGAUUGGUGUCCGAGAAGGUGUUGUCCAACUUGGUGCUGUCCACAAGGUGGUGGAGGACUUGAGCUACGUGGUAACGCUGAGGAAGAAGCUGAGCUACAUAGAGAGCAUUCCAGGAGUAUUACUGCCCCACCCUUCUUCUUCUGCUGCUUACCCGAUGCUGCCACCUCCGCCGCUACCUCACCAUUACGAAGCUGCUUAUUUCGGCGGCGGCGGCGGCCCGGUAGUUCCACUGCCGCCGGCAGAUGAGUCGUUCUACGUGGACGGCCAGCAGAUGAUGAUGAUGAAUAGUAAUAGUAGGUCGUACAAGAUAGCUCCUUCGAUGAGCAGCCUCCAAGCCUUGCUCUCCAAGCUCCCAUCCGUCGUCCCGCAGCCGUCCGAGGAGGAAGAGGAGACACGUCAUCAUCAUGGUCAUGACUUGAAGAAUGUCAAUUGCACUACCACCACCAACAACGCUUAUUUUCACUGAUUCUACUCUAUCUACUUUUAUAUAUGUAUAUUGAGAGAGAGUGAGUGAGAGAAAGAGAGAGAGAGAGAGAGAAUAAUAUAAUUAGAAAGUGGUUGAAGAUUAAUUAAUUAAUUAUGGAGAAAUGAUUGAAUGUUUGGAUUAGCGCGAGCUCAAAAUGGCGGCUUAUGGGGCUAACGGUACAUGCAUGCAGUUGUGAUUUUAUCCUAGCCACCUAAUGAUCGAGUGGCCUCUCAUCAUCUUCUUCUUCUGUUUUUCCUUUUUGUUUCUUUUUUGGGUUUGUUAAUGCUAUAAAUUAAG